ACAAUUAUUGCUCUUUAGUCCGGUUUAGUCACUGGAACCAAACGGAAUACUUUAGCGACUAAACUUUAGUCUAGUGACUAAAGGAACUAAACAGAGCCUUAGACAGGAGAUUUUACGUAUUCCAAAAAAAACUAGAUGUAUUACAUGCAGAACCAAAUACUGGUGUUGAAAUAAAUUACUAUUUUUAUUUUUCUCUCACCCUGCAUCAGCUAGCUAUUUGAGGACGCCCAAACAAGUGGCCGAGGCCGAGUUGACUACAGGGCACAGGCCAUCCGAGUUCCAAUCCUCCACGAGGAUUCGGCCAUUCGGAUAAACCACAGCCCACAGGCCACAGGCGCGACAACAAUGACCGGCAGCGACACCGCCGCGGCCUCGGCGCAGCAGGCGGACGCGGCCGCUAUAUGCGGUCAGAUCGCGUCCGUCUUCUCCGCGCCCUCGCCGCGCCCGCCCGCGCGCUCCGUCCUGGUCUCGGAGCUGGAGGCCGCGGCCUCGCGGGGCGGCCGCGUGUUCGUGCACGGCGUCGGGCGGGAGGGCCUCAUGAUGCGCGCGCUCUGCAUGCGGCUGGCGCACCUGGGCCUCCCCGCCCACUGCGUCGGCGACGUCACGGCGCCGCCAGCGGGCGGCGGGGACCUCCUCGUGGCCUCGGCGGGGCCCGGCGCGUUCUCCACCGUCGACGCCAUCUGCGGCGUGGCGCGCGGCGCCGGCGCGCGCGUCCUGCUGCUCACGGCGCGCCUCGAAGGGGACUUCCCGCGGCGUCAGGCCGACGUGGUGGCACACCUCCCCGCGCAGACCAUGGCGGAUGACGAGGAGGGGGCGGGGGAGACGGAGACGGAGACGGAGGCGGAGGGGUCGCCGGCGCGGGCGAAGCUGCCGAUGGGCAGCCUGUACGAGGGAGCUAUGUUCGUGCUGUUCGAGAUGGUGGUCCUGGAGCUCGCGCGCGUCUUGGGUCAGAGCCCGGCCCAGAUGAGGGCCCGCCACACGAAUUUGGAGUAGUGUUGAGCGCCGCUGCCGGUGUUUGGCAACUACAGAGCGUCACUGCCAACUCACACGAGUGGCUUGGCUACACACUGGGGUAUUUGUGCGCUGAAGGGAAGUGGGAAGGAGCAGAUUGAUCCUUGUUCUUGAUAGCGUGUGUGUAAUCAGAGCUAAUAAUUUGUUAGCAGCUGAGUAAUAAAGUCACGCCCAGUUUUUUUUUUAAAAAAAAAUUCAGCGGUUAUGACGUUAAGUGCCAGAUGAUGGUAUUUACAGUAUGUUGUAAAAUUGAUACAUAAUGCGUGCAUUGUUUCUGUGAUA